AUGGGCAAGAAGGCUCCAAAGAUUGCGCCACGGACCACAGCGCUCGCCGUCUCGGUCGAGGCGGUCGCGACAACUCUCACCGCCUUCUCGCCAUCAGCAACCCACUACGCGCACCUGUCGGCCGCGCCAGACGCCCAUACGCUUCGAGUGUUCGAGACUGCGACCGGAAGGUGCGUCUCGCGCUGGGCUUCGAACGCGGCGGGCCAGGACGAGGGGGAUGAGCCUCGCGUCAAGAGCAUCGAGUGGUGCUGGGUGCCGUCUGCGAGCGCGGGCGAGGCGGAUCAGCAGGGCGAGGGCAAGCGCGGAAAGAAGCGGAGGAAGAGCGACGGUGGAGGAGCGGUCGACUCGCCUGCGAAACCCUCUCUCGCUUCCCUCAAGCCGCAACCUCCUCAACUUAAUCUCGCCCUCGGCCUCGAGAGCGGGUCUAUCCUUCUCUGGCACCCCAGCGGCACCGCAUCUCGCAUCAUCUCCCACCCGACAAGCACCUCGCCCAUCACCGCCCUCGCAACUCCCGUUUCUUCGUCGGUUCAGGAAGACGGACAGCUUUGGUCGGCACACCAGGACGGCUCUGUUCGCGUGUGGGACCUCGAAAGCGGGAACGUCGUUGGAAAGGUCAGCGGCUUGACGGAGGAGCCUCGGUGGGACGACCUCGUUGUGCGGUACGAGCCGUCGACAGAGGGAUCGAAGCGGACAGUUCACCUCGUCCUCUCGCACCUCUCGUUGCGGGUGUACUCGCUCCAGCUCGGUGCGGCGUCGCGGAAGGAGGGCAAGGUUCGGGAUCUGAAGGCGACGGAGCUGGGUCGUUGCACGGGUCAUGUCGAGCCGUGCUCGGUUCGAUGGACCGGUCUCUCUUCGACUCCCGCCUCCCCUACCGACUUUGGCUCCGACGCACCCGCCGACAAGCUCACGUUCCUCUCGUAUUCGCCGACCGACCGCUUCGUCCAAGUCUGGCAGAUCGCGACUACUUCUCCUUCUCCCAACCCUCACAUCGGCCUCCUCCUCGCCCGCCUCGCUCUCGACAGCGGUGUCGCCUCUGCAUCCGUCUCCUCUCUCCUUCCGUCCACUUCCACUCAGACUCUCGCCGCCAUCGACUCCGCAACCGGCAAUGUCUCGCUCACCUCCCUCCCUCUCUCCUUCACCUCGCACGCCGAGUCCUCGACACCCUCGAAGAAGGGCAAGAAGCACGGUCUUGGCGUCGUUGCGCUCGACGUCUCGUGCGAGAUCACUGCGCCUGCGGCAGGCGGCAAGAACGAGGCCAAUGUCGUGGAGGUUGCGUUCAGGGAAGGCGAGGAGGGAAGGGCGUUGCUGUGUCGCGGCGGUGUCAAGCCCGUUUUCGAGUCGGUGGCUGUCAAGGAGGAGGGCGCGUGGCUCAAGAAGGUCGAGCUCGCACGGAGCGCUUCCGGUCUGCUGGUCGGUAACGGUGUCGCAGAUUCUGCUGGGGCGCCUCAACCGACUCGCUACUCGGAUCAAGCCUCUGCGUCCGUCGCAGCUGCCACCUCAGCUCCGGACGCCGCCGCCGGCUCGGACGAUGAGGAGGUGAUCGGCAACUCGGGCGAGCUCGACGUCGACAUGGCUGAGCCGACUUUGGCCGACCGGCUCAAGGCGCUCAACGUCUCGCAGAAGAAGGAGCGCAAGGUUGCUGCGCGGAAACGGCGCGCGGCGCAGGAAGGUGCAGACGACGAUGUCGAGGCCGCUUCCGAGUCGGACGACGAGGACUUCGACGAGGAGGAGCUCGAGGACGAGGACGAGGACAGCGCGGGCCCAGCCGUCCCCGCUACUACUCUCACGACCACGCUCGUCCAGGCUCUUCACUCGCAAGACGGGCCUCUGCUUGAGUCGUGCCUCGCCCACUCGAACGUCAACCUCGUCCGGUCGACCAUCAAGCGCCUCCCGUCCGGCGGGCUGGUUCUCUCGCUCCUUGAAGCGAUCGUCGAGCGUCUCGGCAAGCAGAAGAAGGGUCGCGAGGGGAUGGCGUCCGUCAAGCGCGCCCGCGCACUCGUUGCAUGGCUCAAGGAGACUCUCGUCGUGCACGUCGGAUUCCUCGUCACGAUCCCCUCGCUCGUCAACCGACUCGCGGCCCUCCAUGCCUCUCUGACGCAGCGCCUAGCGCUUCAGCCGACGCUCUUGUCCCUCCAUGGCAGGCUCGAGCUCGUCAUGAGCCAGAUCGACCUCCGGCAGGACCGGGCUCGCGCGGCGUCGCAGCGUCAGCUGGCGGCUGCUUCGGCCAAGCCUCGGCAGGGCAGGCGGUAUGUCGAGGGCGAGAGUACGGACGAGGAGGGAGGCGAGGAGGGCGACAGCGAUAUUGAGGAUGUCGUGCUUGGAGCGGCGGGCGAUGAGGAGGGCGACGAGACGGACGAGGACGAGGACGACGAGGGCGAGUCGGGCGAGUUUGACGAGGAUGACGACGAUGUCGACAGCGACCUGGAGGACGAGGAGGACGGCGCCGACAGCCGGAGGUUGAGGAGCAAGCGCAACGGUGUCGAGUCGCUGCUCGACCUUGAGGCGGAAGACGACGAGGACUUUGACGAGGAUGCCGAGUCGCUCGAGGGAGAGGAGGGUGACGAAGACCUGAGCGACGACCCCGAGGCGGGCGAGGACGAGGAGUUCGAGGAGUAA